UUAAAUCUCCUUCUCUCAGAAAUAGAGAGUCGGUCUCUCUGUAUGCUUUCUACUUUUAUGCUCUUCUGUACUAUGGCUUGCAGAGCAUCUGAGCCACACAAAGAGCGUCUGCGCAAGUAAUUGAGCGAUUGUGUGUCUUCAUCUUGUUCCUUUUGGCUACUGACAGCCGAGAUUGUGGAGGUUGAUUUCUGUGGACAAUUGGCGAGGAGCUGUGGAUUCGGCGGAUAGGUGAUUUGGGCCAAAAUUGUUUCGCCAUGCCUGAUCAAAGGAUGCCCUCUAUCGCUGACAGCACUGGCUCAAGCUCUGGGAAGAGUCCGUAUUCGGUGCCAGAUUCCCAGCCUGUUUGGAUGGCUCAUUGGAUGCAACCUAGCAGCAUUGCAACAGGAAAGAAACGUGAUCGUGGAAUUGAUGAAUUGGAUUGUUCAUCUCGAAGCAAUAGCACUAAAGAUGGAUCAAAGGAUUCUCGACCUGUCAAAGACUCCAGAGUGGUUGAGGCUAAGGCCUUCAAAUUCAUUAGUUCAAAAGUUGAGGAUAGCGAAUCAGCACUCUGGCCUCCUAUGAAGCACGGGCAGAUUAGUGAUGACAAACAGGCAAAGGGACAAGUGCUUGGUCGCAGCAUUGAACAAGAUAGAUCCACUGAUUUGAAAGGAGGGACUCAAUCUCCCCGGGGGGAGAUACCAGCAGUAGUUGGAACUUCAUCUAAACGAUGUUAUUCUGCAGGUGAGGAUACUUCAAAGAGUCUUCCUGAGUGGAUGAAAACACAUUCUACUUCCAUGGAUCGAAGCAUUACUGUAUUAAAACCUUUCCAAGGAUCAACAAUGGAGUCAUCAACGCAGAUCGUGCCAUAUUACAACCUUAAAAAGAGUGAGUUCGACAAAGGAAAAGCUCCACUGAUCAUGAAGCCUUCUUAUGUUUCAAAGGAUCAGUUUCCAAAUUCUAACAUGGGAAUACCUGAGCAAGAACAUUGCAACAAGCAUGGUCAACUGACUGAUUUUUUUAGUGAAAGAAAAAUUAACAGUCAUUCAGAUACGGCAAUGGAUGUGCAUUUGGGGGACAUUAAUACAUCCUUGUUAUUAGAUACUCCAUCCUCUAGUCAACCUCACCUGCCAGUGUCAGGUCAAGCUUGGUUCCAGAAGAGGGCCGAGGAAAUAGAAUCAAAGAAAUUAUGCUGUAAUCAUUGCUCCCUACAAAAGUUGCCGUAUUGUGUUCAUGACAUGAAGACUAUGAGAAUUUGCACCACUGUGGAUUCUGUGGAGGCAUCACGUGAAGGUUUUCCUAAGUAUUCUCAAACAACACACCAUGUGUUUAUCACAAAAGGUGGUGAUUUAUCGGGACAAAAUGAUGUUUUUAGAACUACUGGGCUAGUUGCUGAAAUAAAUGGAAACACAUCUAGUGAUUUUCAUAUCCCAUCAGCAUUUUAUGGUCAAGCUAAGGGGGGUGGAGUAGAGCUUCGAUCUUUGAGUGGUUCCUCCAAUAGUAAGGGAAAAAGAACCAUUGAAGAUGUUGCUGCUUCUAAAUCCUUUAUUAAGAAUGAAUCAUCAGCUGAAACAGACACCAUGGAUAUAGAUGUAUUCAAAGAGGAGAUUUCAAAUGCUGGUGCAAAUCAUACCUUCUCAAAUAAGGGCUUCAUUUUUGGCUCACCAUUAUCUCCUCGCAUCAAUGGUACUUCACAUGGAGAAGCAACACAUCACUGGAAUAAGGCAAUUCGACCUGACAUCAACUUAGAGCUUCCCGCACUGCCGGCUGAUGCAUGUUCAUCGGAGAAUAUGUGCGCAGGAUCCUCAAGAACUCAGAGUCUAGACACAGAUGCAAACAUCCUCCUGGCUCAUUCCAACCACCCUAAUAAAAAAUCCAACCUAUCCCCCGGUGAUUCUUCUGAAGUAGAUCCGACAAUGAGAUGGGUCAAGCGCCUCAAGCUGACAUUACCAAACUCAACUUCCCAAGCCACACCAACUUCAUAUUUGGGCAAAAGCACAAAUCCCAUUGGAAUGAAAAAUCACUUUAAAGUCAUUCUUGAAGGCGACAUUGCUCGCUCAGGACCAACUCCAAAGAGUGAUCAAGUUAAAGAAACAGUUGCAUCAGAUAAGACCCAAGGGAUGUUCAAGGCCAGUGAGGAUUUCAUGCCAGACUCAGCAACGGGAGGCAAGGAGUCAUUGCUUUCACAAGCUUGGAUUAAGCGGUGGCUGCGGAACGGAUCCAAAGUCGCCCAAAAUAAGGCUGCAACAGUCGUUUGUAAGCCACAGAGUUUUAAAAAAUCACUCGAUGACUUCCAAAAGAAGCAGUUCCCUAGCAUAGCAGCAAUGGCACUGAUGGGAAAGGCCAUGAAAGGUUUGCACACAUGUGAGCUGCACAAGCAAGAGUCUUUUACUAUUUGGAACACAAAGGCAUUCUUGAAAGAGAUUUGAGAAGUCUUUGGGUUUAGAACCAAUCUUCACCACACUGCUUAUACUUUACGCAGUCAUGUUUUAAUUGUCUCGUAGCCACUUUACGCCUGGUAAGUGUUCUCCUACCGUUUACUUGGGAAUAUCUCUCAGGCCAAGGGAGGCUAGCCGAGGCUGGUUUCAGGAGCAGCACAUCUCAGUCUGUGAGCAAUCCCUUCGAAAAAAAAAACUUCAUAACUGAACUUGAAAUGCCUGCUUUUCUAUUUUGAGAUCGGUCUUAUGACUUUUGCCUUUUUAUUUUCCAAGAUUGUGCAUUGUGUUAUGAAACUUAUGACUUUAACACUA